UCAUUCUCGGCGAGGGGCAGCAGUAGCCUGUGUGAGAGCGAGUGGGAAGCGUGUGUGGAUUUCUUUUUUACUUGAUUUCUUUCUUUUUUCUUUUUCUUUUCCUUCUGUUUUUUCUUUUUUCGGGCCGUCAUUCAGUGGCUGGAUGGCGUGGGACAGGUGUAACCAGGACUCGGUGUGGAGAGAAUUAGAGUGUGCUGCCUUGGUUGGUGAAGACCAGCCCCUCUGCCCAGACCUCCCUGAACUUGACCUGUCAGAGCUGGAUGUGAGUGACUUAGAUGCCGACAGCUUCCUGGGGGGCCUCAAAUGGUACAGUGACCAAUCAGAGAUUAUUUCCACCCAGUAUGGCAACGAUGCGUCCAAUCUUUUUGAGAAGAUAGAUGAAGAAAAUGAGGCCAACUUGCUGGCAGUGCUUACAGAGACCCUGGACAGCAUCCCGGUGGAUGAGGACGGAUUGCCUUCGUUUGAGGCCCUGGCAGGUGGGGACGUGACCAAUGCCAGUGACCGGAGCUGUCCCUCCUCCCCUGACGGCUCGCCACGCACCCCUGAGCCCGAGGAGCCUUCCCUGCUGAAGAAGCUCCUUCUGGCACCUGCAAACUCCCAGCUCAGCUAUAAUCAAUACACAGGUGGCAAGGCACAGAACCAUGCAGCCAGCAGCAACCACCGGAUCAGACCACCACCUGCCGUCGUCAAGACGGAGAGCCCUUGGAAUGGCAAAGCGAGAGGGGGUUCCAGCCAACAGAACCGCCCGGUGAGGCGGCCUUGCACUGAGCUGCUGAAAUACCUAACGGCCACCGAUGACAUCCUGCUCCACACCAAAGCCAGCGAAGCCAAGAGCACAUGGGGGGGUGCCAGUAGCAGGGACAAGAGUGGCCUGGGUCUUGGUGCCUCUUCCUCUUCGUCUUCGCCGUCCUCGUCAUCUACCUCCUCGUUCUCCUCCAACUCGUCUUCCUCUUCCUCCACCACCUCCAAGAAGAAGUCAGCUGUGCUAUCUCAACAACAACAGCAACAAGUGCAACAUCAACAGCAACAACAACAAGUGCAACAUCAACAGCAACAACAACAAGUGCAACAUCAACAGCAACAGCAGCAACAACAACAGCAACAGCAACAACAGCUGCCACCGCAGCAUCACCAGCGAGGUGAGAGCCGGGCUGCAGGCCAGUGUAGUGUGGCUGGUGUUGGUGCUGGGAAGUGGCAGCGUUGCUCUCACGAUGACGGGGUUGAGGAGUCGGAGGGUGCUUCCAUCCCUGUCAGCCACAGAACCUCCACCUGCGGCCAUGCACGCCCCAAACUGGAGCACGGGCCGCCCAGUGAAGAAGGAAGGCCGCCAGGCGAUGUUGGCCGCCUGGCCGCCGCUAGGUUUAUUAGGUAUAUGCAUUCUUAUUCCCUCCCUCCCCGAGAGGUGAGUCACAGCUGUGAGCAUUGCCGAGAGGCUGAGGGCGCCACUCAGGCUAGUGAGGGCUUUGGCAGGCAAGGCCGCAGAAAUAAUCGAGGUGCCAGCCGUGCACCACAUAGGCACGUCACAGUAACUAUUAAGAAAAGGGAUGAGAAGCCGGGGCACCCCUUACUUAGCCAGCUGCUCACUUCCAAACGCAGGCCUUCUCAGUAUCGAGCCCACCAACUGCCACCUCAGAUCACCCCUUCACCCACCAUUCAGAGCAAAUCGGCAGGUAAGAGGUCUGAGAGCCCAGCACAGGCUCCCUCAAAGGUGGAGAAGAAAGAGUUGGGAGGGACCAAUGAUUGUAGAAAGCGGGGAGUAAGUCAGCUUGAAGAGCCUGACUCAGGGUCCUUGUUGUCACCUCUGGCCUUUGACCUAGAGAGCUGGGUUAACCAGCAAGACUUCGGGCUCGACAUGGGCUUUGGACUAGAGCUCCGGUGGCUAAACCAGGGGUUCUGUGGGGAGGAUGUUGACCGUGACGAUGAUGAUGAUGGCGUUGAUGAUGAUGACCAUGUCACGGGCAGCCCCGCUGCAGUGCUCUCACAGGGCCCACCAAGCCCACUCUUCCCAGAUACUAGAAAUGCAGAACCCGCCCCUCCCUACAUCAUACAAGGGCAAGGGCACCCACACAGGCAGACACUCAGCGAGCACCCCGACGUCCAGGGCCUCCCGUUGUUAGCCAAACCAACCACCUUGCCACUUCCUUUGACCCCAGAGUCUCCAAAUGACCACAAGGGAUCACCAUAUGAGAACAAAACCAUUGAACGCACAUUAAGUGUGGAGAUUGCUGGAACCCCAGGUCUGACACCACCAACCACGCCACCACACAAAGCCAGUCAAGAGAAUCCUUUCAAAGCAUCGCUCAAAACCAAGUUGUCUUCAUGUUCCCCAUCAGCCUUGGCAUGCAAAAGAGCCAGGCUGAGCGAAUUGGGCCCCGGCGCUCUGGCCCCGGCCCCAGUUGCCUCAGGCGGGGGCCCCACCAGGAAGGGUCCCGAACAGACUGAGCUUUAUGCCCAGCUGAGCAAAGCGUCCACCGCCCUACCUUACUCGGUCACCCAACACACUGUGGGCUGCGACCUUGAGGAGCAUCGCAGCACUGGCAACAAUAAGCGGGCGGCGCCCUGUGGCUACAGUGACCAUGACUAUUGCCAGGCGUCCGCUAUUACUAAGAAGCACGGCGGCACAGCCGCUGUUACCGUGACUCCAGCAGCAGUAAUGACGGUCACCCCAGGUGCCACCGCCGCUCCCGUGCCUACUGCGGGCAACGUGGGGGACAGGCAUGUCGAAUGUAAGGACUCGGCCAUGCCGCCAUCCUCUUCAUCUUUUCGUUCUCCAUCGUCAGCUUCAUCUGGUCGUUUGGCUCAGCAGCAACAUGUCGCCUCUGUGAAUGGAGACGCAGCCCGGGUCCAGGAGUUCGGCAAGCAGACCCCCCAGAUCCCCUCACAAGAGGUCCCGAUUGACUGGGACCAACUCUACUCUGCUGCCAUCAGCAGGAAGCUCCUGUGUGAUCAGGAAAUCAGAGAAGAACUCAACAAGCACUUUGGUCCCCCUUUACAAGCCCUUUAUAGCCAGGGUGCCAAGGAGAGAGAACCUGGCAGCAAACCCAGUAAGGCUGCUAUGUCCCUUGAGGAGGCAGAGAAUGGCUCCUACUCCCAGAGGCUGCCUGGCUCCAGCUACCUGCACCCAGGGUUCCUGCCCUUCCAGGAUGAGCUAGAGCUGGGUGAGGGCCGUGAGAGUCGCUUCCUCUAUCCCUGGGAGGGCACCCCUCUGGACCUUCUCUUUGACUGCCCCCCCUGUUCUCCCUCCUGUUCCCCACCAUCCAGCUGCUCCCCGUCACGAGGCUCAGUCUCCCCACCUUCCUCCCUCCUCCUCUCUCCCAGCAGGCCUUUCUGCUGGACCAGCAGCGGAUCCCGAUCUCGUUCUCGUUCUCAUUCCCACUCUGACUCCCGCAGCUCCUCCUCGCACCACCGGAGGCGCUCCCUCUCUAGCUCACCCGACAGACGCCCCUCCUGGUCUCGUCACAACACAGAUUCCAGCAACUUUCGUUCCAGGACUCACAAAAGCCCCCACCCUCAGUCUCGAUCUCCUCUCAGCCGCAGGCCAAGCAGGUACGACAGCUACGAGGACUACCAGCAUGAGAGGCUGAAGAGGGAGGAGUACCGGCGGGACUACGAGAAGCGGGAGUUCGAAAGGGCCGAGCAAAGAGAGAGGCAGAAGCAAAAAGCAAUACAGGAGGAGAGACGGGUGGUGUACGUGGGCCGGCUGAGGUCCGACUGCACCCGGACAGAGUUGAAGCGCCGCUUUGAAGUCUUUGGCGAAAUUGAAGAAUGCGCUGUGAACCUGAAGGACGAUGGGGACAAUUUUGGCUUCAUCACGUACCGCUACACUUGUGACGCCUUCGCCGCCCUUGAGAACGGACACACCUUACGCAGGUCAAACGAGCCUCAGUUCGAGCUGUGCUUUGGCGGACAAAAGCAGUUCUGCAAAUCACAUUACACAGACUUGGACUCCCAUUCGGACGACUUUGAUCCCGCCUCCACAAAAAGCAAGUAUGACUCCAUGGAUUUUGACAGCUUGCUGAGGGAGGCCCAGCGCAGCCUGAGAAGGUAACCAGUUCAGACCUGCUGUCACCAAGAGGGACUUCUGAUACCUCACUGUUGUUUCUCGCUCCUUUGACGACGAGACUACCAGAAGUUUUACACUCUAUUUCAUAGAGUAUAUAAGAUUAAGUCUAUAGACCUAUAUCAAUAUAAAUGAAUAUAUCAAAAAUAAAGUUUACAUGAACAUAGCUGCUGAAGAGCUGGGAAGAGACAUUGCAUUUCGGGAAAGCCAGUGAACCCUCAGAACCUGAAGCCCCUGAUUGGUGCACUCGACUGCUGUACAACCAUCAGUGGAGGAAGAAGAAAAACACUUUCAUGAUUUUUUUUCUCCAAGCACUACAAUGCCCACAAUUCUUUGAGGGUAAAAACAUGCAGCUUGUUCAGCCAGAUUUGUUUUUCUUUUGCUGUUGAUUUUUUCUUUAUUUUUAAAAUCUGGUGUUUGGAUAUAGUGUUACAAACAAGAGUAGAGGGAAUUGUAUCUUGGAGGUAAAAUUCUCAAGGUAACAUUGUUGUCUACAUUUGAAGAAGAAAUGUAGUCAUGUAUUUACAAAUAUUAUAAAAAGGAAUAUUUUUAUUUUAUGUACAUAUUGGAUAAAGUUCUUUAUUUGUUACAGCUAUGCACUGUAAAACGCAGCCUUUUUUUAAAAUGAGGAGAACAUUUCUUAAUUCAGAAUGUCGAUCUGUAGUAAUUACAAUACUGUAAAACAUAUUGUACACCUACAUGAUGUUUAGAAGACAUGCUAUGAUUGUAAAAAAGAAAAAAAGAUGUGUCCGACUGCUCAUUUUGAGGGAGCACGUGAACAAACGUCCUUUUUUAAGUUAUUUUGUUGGAGGAAAAAACAGUUAACCAUGUAUAGUUUUCUCUGUUUGUAAAGUUUCUCAAUCAGUGUUUUUGCUUAUACAACCAGUGUAAAAUGCAUUUUUAACAUGUUUUUCAUGAUUGUAAAAAAGGUACCCCAUUUGUUAUUCAUUAUUUCUGAAGCAAUCAAUACAUAUACAUAUAUAUCUAUACAUAUAUAGAUAUAUAAAUACUGUGGAAUUCCAUUGCUUUGUAUGGUUCUCCUUUUGAUUAACGUCAAUGAAAGAGAAUACUGCAUUCAAAUCUUUAAAAUCAGUGCAUACACAUAUUUAUCUAUUUAUUUUAAUAUUUGAAUCAAGAAUAUUUAUGGGCUCCAUUUUACUUGGCGUACCUCACAAAAUGUAUUCACUGUUUUUUGUUGUCCUAUGAUUUGUGUUAUUUAACUUACAAUCACUAGACAGGGUGUACAAUAAAUGGUUUGGUGGGGAUAAUAUGACCUUCUAUGCCUUUCCACAACAAUCAGAACAUUCAGCUAAUCACUCCAGCAGUCAGACCCUCUUCGUUUUAGUGAUUUCUGUCUCCACUCUCAGUCACAUCUGCAGCACGUCGCUGUCUUUCCUUUCCACACAGAAGCAGAACAUGAAGCAAUGAAAUGAUUUUGCAGGAAUUCUGUUAUACCACUGUAAACAGUUGUUGUCAUCGCUCCACUCAUGCUUGAUUAUGUGAAUGCCAAACAAAAGUUUACAAUUUCCUUUUCCUGAAUUUUUUAAGAUAUUGUAUUUGAUGUACUAUAUAUAUGUAUAUAUAUAUAUAUGAUUGAUUAUAUAUAUACAGUAUAUAUAUAUGUAUUUAUAUAUAUAUUUAUGUAUGUGUAUAAAUAUAUAUUUAUAUAUGUACAGUAUAUAUGUAUACAUGUAUGUACAUAUAUAUAAAUAAUGAUAAUACGACUAAUAUUAUUCAAAAAUAAUAACAAGAUGAUUAAUAACAAUGAUAAUAAUAUAAAUGAAAGAAAAAAAUAUAUAAAAAGCAAUAAAUUAUUUUUCAGAGUUGUAUUUUAGCUCCUAUUGUUGUGUGAUUUUUGGACUUGACCCAUUACCCAGUCGCUGGUAGCUAGGAUGACACCAUUCCAAUAUAUUGGCAUCUCAUCACCGUGCGGUCCCCGCUCUUCCCUUUAAGAUGUAAUUGAGUCUAUGUAAUUGUAAUGCACGCGUUACCUUGUGACAUCUGUGCAAACGUGACCGACUCUUAACUCCACCCUGUGUGUAAAACGUGUCGAGUUGAAACUGUUUGUUGUGUAGUGCAUGGCUAUUACAGGAUGACAGUCGGUACAGUAUAAACCACUUUGGAUAUCUGCCUCUCAGCUGUCUUAACUGGCAGAUUUUAAAUGGCAUUCUAUAAGCCUACUAGAAAACUACUCAACAAUGUAUCGCAUGCCACCCCCCGGCCCCCUCCACACCGCCCCCAAUCACACAGUCCAGAUAUCACAGCGCCGUCGACAUGACAUUAAAGGUAACCUUGCGGUUUCUGGUUCAAUUAAUAUCCCGUUCCGAGCUCGAGCCAAGUAAUGAGAGAACCCGGUUCCAUCACGGGAAGGAGAAGGCUUGUGUGUGAGAGCUUUGCUGAUCACAGGCUUCCUUUCAUGGAGUUUGACUGUGGAGACGAGAAACGGCACAUUUCUAUGAUGCAAAGAGGCAAAAAUUGGUGGAGGGAAGGAUUAAAAAAAAAAAACAUUUACCUGUGUUUUAAGACAUUGUUUUACUUUCUUGCUGUCUGUAUCGCGUUUGGGUAAUGGUGUCGUGUCCCAUUUGAUAGAUGUGGCUUUAAUCAUUGUAAUAAAAAAUGCUUUGUAAAUUGCCUAGAGUAGCAAUAUAUUAUAACACCUUAUGGUUCAAAUUUCAAAUGUGGCGGACUUUUUAAUAAUGUGACCUACUGAGGACUUUGCCACUGCUUAAACGUCUGUUGGGUAAUCAUGUUUUCUUUGGAAGGACAAUAUGUGUAUGAGCAAAUGUAUGUAUGUGAGUGGGAGUUUGUGAUUUUAGGCAGGUGUGUGUGUUUCUGGGAGUGUGUGUGUGUGUGUGUGUGUGUGUGUGUGCUGGGGGGGAGGGGGGUCGCUAUGGGUUGUUCCCUGUUUGUGUCCUAUCCACGUUGCCUUCUGCCAAGUCCUUACCAAUGCCUUUGUGGUUCUACCUAUUGUACGACUUUCUUGUGAAUUUCAUUUUUUUAUGUGCAAUUCUCAUCAGCCUCACCAUGCCAAUAAAGGGAAAUGUGUUUGAAAAAGAAAA